CCGCAUGAGUGGAGCCCAGCUGUGAUGCCCAGCAUGGAUGACUACACUGUCCUGAAAGUGAUCGGGGAGGGCUCCUUUGGCAGAGCUCUUUUGGUUCAGCAGAAAAGCAGCAAUCAGUUGUUUGCCAUUAAGGAAAUAAGGCUUCCUAAGUCUCUCUCUGAUACACAGAAUUCUAGGAAAGAGGCUGUUCUCUUAGCCAAAAUGAAACACCCCAAUAUUGUCGCCUUUAAAGAAUCCUUUGAGGCUGAAGGACAUCUGCAUAUUGUGAUGGAAUAUUGUGAUGGAGGAGAUCUAAUGCAGAAGAUUAAACAGCAGAGAGGAAAGUUAUUUCCUGAAGACAUGAUACUUAAUUGGUUUACACAAAUGUGCCUUGGAGUAAACCAUAUUCACAAGAAACGUGURCUACACAGAGAUAUCAAGUCCAAGAAUGUCUUCCUCACCCAAAAUGGAAAAGUGAAAUUGGGUGAUUUUGGAUCUGCACGUCUUCUCUCCAAUCCCAUGGCAUUUGCUUGUACAUAUGUGGGAACACCUUAUUAUGUGCCUCCAGAAAUUUGGGAAAACCUGCCUUAUAACAAUAAAAGUGACAUCUGGUCCUUGGGAUGCAUUYUGUAUGAACUCUGUACCCUUAAGCAUCCAUUUCAGGCAAACAGUUGGAAAAGUCUUAUCCUCAAAAUAUGUCAAGGGUCCGUCCRCCCACUGCCAUCUCAUUAUUCCUAUGAGCUUCAAUACCUUGUCAAGCAGAUGUUUAAAAGGAAUCCCUCACAGCGCCCAUCAGCUACCACUCUGCUCUCCAGAGGCAGUUUAGCUCGGCUGGUUCAGAAGUGCUUACCCCCUGAGAUCAUCACUGAAUAUGGAGAACAAAUAUUAGAUGAAACCAAAAUAUGUAAGCAUAAUACACCGAGAAAAAAUGAUCCUAGCAGAAUCAUGAUAGCUUUGGGAAAUGAAACGAACGUGAUGUGCCUCUCUGUCAUCCCAGAAAAUCAAAUUAGCAUUUUUCAUCUGGGCAUUCAAGAAUCUGGUAAUCUGUCAGUCCACUCCAUGAAAGGCAGUUCACCAAGUCCUCAGAGGCGGCAGUGGGAGAAAAAUGUACCCAGCACAACUCUUAGAGCUUUGGAAAAUGCACCCAUACUCACCUCCAGUUUAACUGCAGAGGAUGAUAGAGGUGGUUCUAUAAUAAAGUAUAGUGAAAAUAACAUCCGUAAGCAGUGGCUCAGAGAGACCCCUGACACCCUAUUGAACAUCCUUAGCAAUGCUGAUCUCAGCCUGGCAUUUCAAACGUACACAAUAUAUAGACCAGGUUCAGAAGGAUUUUUGAAAGGCCCCCUAUCUGAUGAAACAGAAGUAUCAGACAGUGUUGAUGGAGAUCACAAUUCUGUCAUUUUGGAUCCAGAGAGACUCGAACCUAGGCUGGAUGAAGAAGACACGGACUUUGAGGAAGAUGACGAYGACCUUGAUUGGGUGUCAGAAUUGAGGAAGCGAGCUGAAUGGCAGAGUGUGUGCGAUGGAUAACGCCUGCCCGAGAGAAUGUGCUGGAGUCCCAUGGGAGAGAUGUUUCAAAUGAAGAAUUCAUGUUUGGAAAUAGAAUGAAGAGUGGGGAACUGCCAAUACUUAAAAUUGCUCCUGAUUAGCAUCACAGUUUUAAAAAUCUAGAACUCCUAUGAGUGAGCACAAGUGAGAAGGUAGAGCAGACGGGUAUGAGCUUUGCAAUCUGAUAGAACAUAGGUUGGAUGCUAGCUCUACCACUAACUAGUAGUGUGAUCGAUGGUAGGAAAUUACUUAACUUCUUUGACCCCAAAUUUUCUUAGUUAUAAAAUGAGGAUAAUGAUGCCUACCUCUUGGGGAUGCUGACCAUAGAUAGUUUUAGCAGCUCAUAUGUUAACUAUUCCUGUUGCUACAACUUGUGUUUAUUACUAUAACAAUUUUCACAUUUCCUCAAGGUUUGCAGAUCUAAAUACAUUUACUUAGAAUAUAAUGUGUGCGAUUUUAUUUAUUUAUUUGG